AUGGCUAACAAAACAAUGGUCCUGAAGCUGCUCAUAGAUACUAAAGCAAACAGAGUCCUGUUUGCUGAAGCUGGGAAAGAAGUGGUGGAUUUCCUCUUUACUCUUCUUGGAUUGCCAUUAGGCUCCAUAGUGAAGCUCCUGAGCAAGAGUCAGAUGAUAGGAUCUAUUGGAAAUAUCUACAGCAGCCUGGAGAAUUUGGAUUUCACUUAUAUCCAGCCUCAUCAAGAUAAGGACAUCCUACUUAGUCCACAGGUAAAGGAACAGAAACAGUGCGAGAACAAUCUCCGCUUACUAUUACCAGAUCCUGCAAAAGUUGAGGCUUACUAUAGGUGUCGCAGUUGCCGUGAUUAUGUUAGUAAAGUUUGCGGUAUUGAAUGUCCUUCAUGUAGUGGCAAAAUGGACAAAAUGUUGCGGUUUGUGCAUGAGUCUGGAAUGGCGUCUGGAAUGGCAUCCGGAAAUGGUGUAGGAGAAGAAGGUUUAGUUAAGGGUGUGGUUACUUACACUAUAAUGGAUGAUCUUACUGUGACUCCAAUGUCCACCAUCUCCGGCAUCACUUUGCUCAGCAAGUUCAAUGUCAAGAAUGUUGAUGUUCUCAUGGAGAAGAACAUUAGCUUGGGAAUGCAAGAGGUUGUGUUUCAAUUUGUAGAAUAUGUAGAUGAAUCAAUAUUUUUCACGUGCUUUUGUUUCCAGGCUUUGGAGCUGCUGAAGGCCUCCUUGGCGUCCAAGACUGUCCUCACUGAUGUGUUCUUGGCCGGCAAACAGUAG